AUGCCUUUGUUGAUCACAGAGCUCUUAAGCGAAUCUGUUCAAACAGAAGUUGAUGCGCGUGAGCUGCUGCCGUCCAAAACAGCCAGAAGCGACGAUAUCAAGGGAUUUGGAAGGAGCGGCGCCGGAUUUGGACGGCCUUUGCCCCGAAGCGUGCAUUUGCCGUUCAUUAUUGAUGCUGUGCUACGAGAGGCACCAUUUGUUACGGGAAAACGUAUGCAAACGUGGCGCUCAAUCAUACAGUCACAAGACUUUCAGAAUCUGUCUGUUGACAGUUUCUGGUGGUUCCAUGCAAACGUUAUUGAGCCUCGCGACCGCGGUGUAGACAUCGGAGAGUCCACUGACAUUGACGAGCAGCUGCACGGCAGAAACUUCACGGAAGAGGACGCUCUGUUCAGCAACAUGGCCUUCUCUUAUGUUCACAUCUUUCGAAAAGUACAAACACAGCACAAGGACUCGGUGAUCAAUAAGUUCUAUGAGGUGAUGGCAUACACAAUCCUUCUAAUUCUGGGGGCUGCUUAUCCACGCCGCCGAGACCACUUCUUGGAAGACCAAGCAUUGAAGCGGCACCUCGUGGAUCUUUGUGCAGAGUGGACCAUGGGAAUUCAGCCGCGUGGGCUGGAUGGAACCCAUUGGAUCAUCAAGGGCGACUCUCACAAUGAUCGGAAGCACGGAGUUUUGCCCAAGACGAAACAAAUACCCAAGUCUGCAUUAGGAAAUGAGUCAGAUGUAACUGCCCGCUCAACCGCAGCUCACACCUCUGAGCAUCGGAAUGCUUUGAGAGGUGUAGAACCUCGAGUGCGUGCAUCAUACUCGCUUCUGCAUAGUCCAUUCUUUUGCCGGUUCUUGAGUGAGAAUGCAAUCGAGUCCAGGGCACUGCAGUUCCGUCUAGGCCUCACCAUGGAGGCUUCUCGGGUUACUCCUUUCCUGAAUAAUCAUGUUCCUGAGGAUGAGUUCAACGCUUCGCCUGCAAGGAAUCAUUCUCUGAAGUUACGUAGUGCGAUGGAUCAGUAUUCUAAGCAGAAACAAGAUGCCACCAAAGCCAUCGCAUUUUUCAAUCGUGAAAGGCUGCAAAAAAAUGGUAAGUACUGGGGGCCAAUCAGUCUUCCUGGCUCAAUCGAGGUAGCUGAAUUUCGCAAUAAUCGCCGCUCGCGAGCAUCCCAGCAAGUAAGACCACGCCCGUCCCUUUUUGGAAGAGGCAGGGGUGCCGGCCGUGCACGUGAAGCACCCGCCUGCUCGCUCGGCGAUUCGCUGCGGUUCAAGCAUGAUUUGGACGGGCUUUCGAUUAGGGAAUUGCCACCAGUAAAGGCGCCAGGUGUGGUAAAACUUUUACCAAAAGCGCCGAACAAAAGAUGA